AUGGAGUGGCAGCAGCCUUGUGACCAUUUCUUCAGGAUCAUCUUGCAUUCCACAAUGACUACCAAGAAACUGAGACUUGCCAAGUUGUUCGUCGAGACCCGCUUAGAUGAACUAUCGGAAACCGUGACGCUCAAGACACCCAACUCGGAAGCAUGGACCAUUGGGUUGACGGUGAAUAACGUAAGAAGGAAUAAGACACCUGAAGCAUGGCUUGAUGCUGGUUUCGGUGAAUUCCUCGAGUCCCUCUCCAUCUCCUACGGACACUUUCUGGUGUUCGAGUAUCGAGGCUGGUCCACGUUUAAGGUCGCUGUCUACGACAAGACCACUUGCGAGAUUUUGUACCCUCCCAGAAGCAACGACUCACCCAUGGCUGAGAGUGAAGAAGAGAGUCGUGGUGGCACGGAGGAGCAUCACAACGACGAGGAGAGUGACGACGAUGACGAUGGUGGGGUGCUUUUUAUGGGUACAUCGUUUCUUUCCCCAAGAGAUGGUUCUUCCUCGUCCUCUGCCAAGGCCAGGCCACAGGAAACGGCUGCCGAGAUGGGAACUGUUGCCGAGUGGGAUGCAUUGCUGAAUGAAAUGAUGGAGUCAAACAUUGAAACCUGUCACAAGGCCUUCACCUUCCUGAAGAUGCCACUGAGGAGCAAGGAAGCAGUUCGGAGAGCCAUAGCAAGGCCGCCGGCAAAUCCAUCUGCCAUUCUUGUGCUGUCGUCUUAUGCACCGUAUCUGCCUGGGGAGUUCAGCCGGAGGUAUCUGGGAAGGGCUGACAUGAAGGGCUAUGGGAGUUGGAUGAAGUUUGAGGUGGCCGGAGGUGGUGGAGGCGGGAGACAAUGGCCGGUCCUGAUUCGGCCGCACUAUGCAGGCGUGGUUUUUGGGAAGUAUUGGAUCAAUUUCAGCACCGACAAUGGCCUGGUUGAGGGAGAUGUUUGCUUGUUUGAGUUCAUCAGUUUCAAGGUGCUCAAAGUCCAUAUCUUCCGUGCUUCGGUUUAGUGUCACUGAUCAUUCAGCAGGUUCUUAGUCGACACUUAAGUUUCUAGUUUGUUGGGGUCUUUCAUUCAACAGGUUUCUAAGUACCUAGUAUUGGAAUGUUUAAGUUUUAACUUUGGUUGGGAUAUUCCAUGUGUCCUUUUAUACCUUCUCGUAGGGAUUGUGUUUGUGUAUGUUGCUCGUUGGUGAUGAAUGUGGGCAUUAUUAUCCGUUAUACCUUUUUCUUGGAAAGGAAGGAAUCCAUCCGCCAUGUGAGUGGGGGAAGGAAUGGGUGUGAAGCUCGAUCCAUGUUCUUCGAUUGUUUAUUUGACCAGUUAUUAUGGCCAUGUACUGAUUAUGAAAAGAUAUGGGGAUCUCUCUUUCUCUCAAAUUUUGAGCUAACCAAUUAU